GUCGUUACACUGACAGCAAAUUCAACCUUAGGACUAAUCUGUUUUGCUAAACGGAGGUAGAUCUACCAUGCACCCAAAUAAACUCAGGCGGGUCCUUUUUGUUCUCUUACCCCUCAUGCUGGUCCUGGCAAUAUUUAGUAACAUUUACAUAACACUUAAAGCCUUUACAAGUCAGUCGACGGCUUCAAAGCCGCCCAGGAUAAAAUUCCGGUACCAUUUGAAUGAUGAGCCUAGCGAAGAAAAUAAGAAAUUGCCUUAUUACUCUAGGCAAACCCUGUUGCCAUUCGAUGCCCGUGACCUUUUGAUCCCCGGGAGUUAUGAAGAAACCAUGACUAAAAUGCUCAUGAGAAUUCGACGGAAGAUUAUCAUCAAUGACUAUUCUUUUAAAUUCCAUAUCAGCCCGCGACUUAUCUGCGACAAAAAGGUCAUUGACCUCGUUCUGUGUAUCACCGUGCCCGUUGACCAGUUCCAGGAGCGUGAAGAUCUCCGGCAGACGUACCGGCGGAAAGAGCAGCUUCUCAGAGACUCGCUUAACGUCGUCACCAUCUUCGUGGUGGGCGAGCCAAGUGAGGACCGCAGCAUUCAGGAGGGGGUGGAGCAGGAGGCCCGUACCCACGGGGACAUCAUGCAAGCCGGGUUCGUGGACACGCCCUUGACCGCCAACAUGAAGACACUGGCGGCCCUCAAGUGGGUCAACACCUACUGCUACAACGCCACCUUCACGGUGAAGACGAGCGACGAAUGCGACAUCAACAUCCCGCUGGUGCUGACAGAACUCAGGGCCAGGAGACAGAAGACGCCGGUCUUCAUGCUGGGCAAGAUGGCCACCAGUCAGAUGAAGAACCCCAACACCACUGGCCUACACCUCCCAGACGACACCUACCAGCUGGAGAAGUACCCCGACUACCUGUACGGUGCCAGCACAGGCUACCCCACAGAGGUGGGCUACCUGCUGUACGAGGCAGCUCUAAGACUGCCACUCUUUCAGUCAGAGGAGAUCUACUUCUCCGGCAUCUGUGCUGCAUUCAUCCACAUACCACGUUAUGACUGCGAGGCAUUUUAUUUCUCAAACUGUUCCACGCAGGAAGAAAUGUUAAGACUUGAAUACAGUUAAAUACACUGUGAACACACUUGAAUACAGUUAAAUACACAGUGAACACACUUGAAUACAGUUAAAUACACAGUGAACACACUUGAAUACAUAAUGGAUACACUUUAACACAAUUCAUUUGCAGAUCACCUUUUAUUUGUUAUUGUAUAAUCAACAAAAUAUAACUCAAGGUUUGUGUUUCAAAUGUUUGGCCACUUAAUAAAAUAGAUGACUUCUCUCAUAUUGUGUUUGAUCUGGCCACUGAUGGGGCAUAUAUCACAAAAACAAAUUGUAAUUAUGUAACAAAAUUAACGAUA